AUGUCGCUUGCUCUGCUCCCCACAGAGCUCAUCCUCAUGAUUGAGGAGAAUCUCGAGCGCCAACGCGACCGCAAUGCUUUCAUUCGCACAACCCCGCGUUUUGCCCUCAUCUUCGAUGACCAACUCUACAAACACAACACGGCACACCAAAACGCCUGGAUCAUCUUAUGGGCAGCUAAGAGAGGCCUCGAUAGCACCAUCCGCAAGUGCCUGAGGGCCGGUGCCAAGAUCACCCGGCGAGACAGAUUCAGAUCUCAUUUGCGCGACAUCGAUGCCCCCGAGGCUUUGAACGUCGUCCCACGACACCCAAAACCACACCCCUUGGUCGCAGCAGCCGAAAUUGGCUCAGUGGCUUGUAUCAAGCUUAUCCUCGAAAAAGGUGUCUAUCCCAACUUGCUAGACGAAUACUACGAAACUCCUAUGAGACAGGCCGCAGCAAAUGGCCAUGUGGACGUUGUGAAGUUGUUGCUUGAAAAAGAUCCUGCUGUAUUCACGGGUGCUUUCAAGCUGCGACGGCCCAUCAAAAUCGCUGCAGCUCGUGGCCAUUUACACGUGCUCAAGGUUCUGUUUUCUUUCCUCAGACGUGGUGAUCGACACAUCACCGUCAAAGAAGCUGCACAGAUCAUCAUGUACGAAGGACUAUGGCACCGCCAUGCAAAUGUUAUGGAAUACGCAUUCAAAAAGGGCGCCGAUCCGAAUGACAAAAGUCAAGAGCCCACGUUGCAGUUUUCGUCGGAUUUACGCCCAGAUGAACUACCCGAGAGACCACAAGUUCGGCUGGUCCAAUCGCACAAAAGCAUUGAAUUCAUCCGAGGAAUUAGCACCCCUGGCUGGUCAGCGCACCUAUCAAACUCACUCCACGCUGUGCUCCUUGGUGGUGAUGCUGAUUUGCUCAAACUUAUGCUUGACCGUCGUUGUGAUGUUAAGAAGCUUGGCUACGAGGCCCUGGAAUACGCAAUUCUUAACAAAGAUAAGAAAGUCAUCUUUCAAUUGAUGGACAUGGGAAUCAGCUACAUCCCUCGAUUGCAGGCUGGAUAUUCUGCUGAUGAACCUGGGCCUUGGGAGAUCAUGAUCAGGGGCAUCGCGAAAGAAAUAGGAAUCGAGCUAUGA